UGUUUUGGGUCAAUCGUCACUAGAUGGCAGGAAAAUGUUAAAAGAGAGGAUAAAUGGCAUAACGUGCUAAGGAUCUUGGCGGGUAGACGGGAAGGCGGGUAGACGGGUAUGCGAACGAACAGAGAAAGAUACGUAAGCAGAACGGUAGGUUGCCGACUUGUUAGGCCGGAAGGCGGGCGCACCUGUCUGUCAUCAGCGCCGACUGUCAAUCUUACUGACGCUGGCGCACACGCUACGAGAACCCGCCGCAUUCGUAGUGUUUAUCUGUCACAGACAACAAGAAAUUAGUUAUAACGGGAAGUAAUUUGAUCGAAAAACGACGGUGUGAACGAAAGAAACAUAGAGAAACUACACAAAGAUACGCCGGUGAGUUGUCGGACGACAGAUCAGUUAGUCGAAGAAGAAAACGUGAGAGAGAAAGAAAUCGUGAAACACGCCGCGUGUUAACUGUCCUACGUAUCAUCAAGUAUCGAAUAAUCACCUCAAGCCCACGAGGACGUUACCACAUCGCGUGUACAUUACGUCUACCUCAAAUUUUUCAUUAUGGAUCAUCGCAUUGCAAGAGAACGUUUUCCUUCAUCGAGUAGUACUGAUGAUGAUCAAAGCGGUUCUGAUACGGAACAUGACUCGAACGCAUUGCGCUCUAAAGUUCACUCUGGAAUAGUUCAUCAUUCUGGUACUCAUUCGGUGCGAAAACGUCGAGGAAAUUUACCAAAGCAUUCGGUGAAGAUUCUAAAACGAUGGCUUUACGAGCACAGAUACAACGCGUAUCCAAGCGACAGCGAGAAGCUGACAUUGAGUCAAGAAGCAAAUUUGACUGUACUCCAGGUUUGCAAUUGGUUCAUAAAUGCCAGACGACGAAUUUUACCAGAAAUGAUUCGAAGAGAAGGUCAUGAUCCUUUGCAGUAUACAAUAUCUCGUCGUGGUAAAAAGAUGCCUGCAGGAAAUCAUCAACAAUCAUCCAGUCUUAAUUCAAGAUCUAAUCAAAAUUGGGAUUCGUUAGCUGGUAUGAGCGCUCCAAAACGUAGUAGAGAUCAUGAUUAUGAAGAUCAUGCUGGAUUAAUGUAUAGAAGCGAAGAAGACAGUCCAAACGAUUAUGAGAGCAGUUCUCAUAGCGAAGAGGAACGUCCAUCAACACAGUGGCCAAGUGUAAUAGUCUAUCCUUAUUCGGAAGCUAAAAUUGAACAAAAUGUUAGUCAACUUGGUCCUUAUGACGAAACGAUUACGCAUCCGGCGCGGCGUGGAGAUGAUGAUGAAUCUUCCAUGGGAAAUGAAGCUGCAUAUUGGAGCGCGCCUAGACAGCACCUUAUUCAAACCUCUGAUGUACAACAUGAAACAGAAGUAUAUAGUACACGUAAGACUCACAGCCCACAUACAGAUGAAACGCCACCUCCAACACCACCUGAAGAGGAUAAAGACAAGUUCAAGUGUCUUUACUUGCUGGUUGAGGCAGCUGUUGCUGUGCGACAACAGGAAAAAGAACGUGAGGGGGCCGUACCGGUUUAACGAGAGCAGUGCUUCUUGCAGCUUACAAUGAUGUUUUUUUAACUUUCGAUUUUCCAUUAUCCUGUGGGGAAUACAAAACAAAUCUUCGCUUUGGUAUCAUCGUCACUAAACUGAUAAUUUUAUUUUAUUUUAUUUUAUAUUUCUUUUUUUCUUCUU